ACGCAGUGACUCACGCGAUAGACUUCCCCUGCGCGUUUGAGACGGUUGCCCUGAAGUUUGGCAAGGUCGGUAAACAUCAUGAUCAACGCGCGCUCUUGAAACCGACAUGGGCGCUGCGCCGCUCUUCCCUCUUGCUUUCGUUCUCCAGCUUGGUGGUCGUCGCGCUGCGUGCAAGGACGAAGAAGUCAACGACAGCCAAGGCCAGAGGCAGUCAUACGGUGGAAGCUAGGCAACCAACGAGGAGGCCGCACUGACGACUGGGGAGACCGCUAACGAUCAACGACCGACGUGAUGUCCUCCUCUGACUGGCGAGGCCGCGGGCGCUACGAAGCGCUCGACGAUCUACCUCAGCUGCACCGAUCGGACCCUCCGGCGACGCCCAACCUCUUCACGAAGGCAGCGCGCCCCUACACCGCGUCCCCUCGAAACUCCAUCCCAAACCCCACUGCCGACGGAGAGGAUAUCGGCUCCGCCCACGAUGGCGCUGACGCUUACUCGAGCGCGACCCAUGGCCACCGCGACUCGAAGCGCCCAUACCCAGAUUCCAAGCCAUACUCAGACUCCAAGGACGCCGCAGACGACGACGAAGCCGACCUGCGGCACGUCCGGCGCUACUCGCGCCAGUGGAUGUCCCUCUCGUGGAAUAACCAGGUCAAGCGUCGCGGGAGGUGGCCGCGCAUCGUGUACACGGUCGCGGGCGUCGCGGUCAUCGCGCUAUGGGUCGCGGCCGUGCUAGUGUUUGCACAGCAUGAGACGAGGACGCAGGAGAAGAACCUGACUGAGGAUGUGGCGCGCUUGAAGUCGAUUGUCAUUGGGGACAUCGGGGACGCGUUGGUACUGAAGGGUGCUUUACGGGGGUUUGACGUCGAUCAUCGAGUGCUCACUGUCCAAUGGUCGGUGGUCCAGCUCGAUGAGGACGACAAGACAACCUUCCACGACCUGGGUACGGACGACGACAACACCUACGAGCUGAACAUCUAUCGUGACGUCAAGGCAAUCCCCGACGACGAAGCUACCGAGUUCUUCGAAGACCAGACCACCUACUACAGAGUAGACAACUCGUCGGCCUACCGGAUAGCGACCGUCGGCAUGCACCCGUGGGACUCGUUCAACACGGAUAUUGACAUGGCGCAAGCGGUCGACAAUGAUGUAUGGAAGCAGCCCAUGUUUGGGUACCCUUGGGACGUCUGGCACGGCAGUCUCACCAUCGUCUCAACCGUCGCGGAGUUCGAUCGCCUGUACAACACGACGGGACUCGGGGUGUUCUCCUUGAGCGCGGUGUCCAUGGAGGAUAGCUUGCUCAACUGGAAGAUCAUGCCUAGGUCCUGGACACCAUGUACCGAAGUCAACUCCACUAGCUGCGAGCUCUACAUCGACUUCGAAGCCUCCCGCCCAGGCAUCGUAAUUUUCUGCGUCAUCAUCGUCGUGGUCGUGAACUGUGAGGUCUUCAUCUUCCUCCCUCACAUCCUCAGCCUAACUCUCUCCUCCCGCCUCGCAGGGAUCUGCACCCUCGCCAUCUUCCUAGUCACGGGCGAGGUCAUCCUCCUCAAACGCCGCCACAUCCUCGCGGGCACCGACAUGCUCAGCGUAUGCUUUGCUGCGCUGUUCGCCCUGCCGACCGUGCGCUCCCUCCUGCCUGGCGCACCGGGAGAUUUCGGCGCGGUCAUCGACUUCGUCGGCAUCCUACCCAACGUCAUUAUCAUUUCACUAUGUACCACCGUCUUCGCCUGCGCGAAGCUCCGCUCACGACUGAAGCACACCCUCAACAACUCGAAAUGAGCAUAUCGUAGGCUCCUGACGAACUGCUACGCAUCUAUCUAUAAGCCGUAUACGCAUCUAUCUAUCUAUACACCAUAUACGCUUUCGCUCAUACACCACAUACGAUCUUGUCUAUCUAUUUGCACAUUGGACACGUGUUAUUGACCUACGUUUCGUACCUCCUACUCACAGCUGUUGUACACUGAAAGGGAUGAAUGGCUUUGCAGCGAAUGUCGUUGAUUACUCUAACCGUCUCCUCCAUGUCCACUUUCAGCCAGCGCGUAACAGCGCUCCCUCGAGCUCGAUUGAAUGUCAACAUAUGCAAACACGACCACACAAUUGCGUGCCACCCUACAUUCCUACUUACCUAGCGGCCCAGCCACUGCGGUCAAUCACACCGGUG